AUGAUCAAACUCGCAGUGGUCGCAUUUGCCUUGAUCUCGGCGGCUAACGCCUUUUUAUUUGGAGGAAUGGGCGGCGGAAGCAGCUGCUGUCCAUCACCCUGCUGUGGAGGUGGCGGUGGUAGUUAUGCUGUUGCAUCAUCUGGAGGAUGCGGAGGUGGUGGAUAUUCCUCUGGCGGAUACGGCGGCGGUGGAUAUGGCGGUGGAUACUCCUCCGGUGGAUGCGGAGGAGGAGGCGGUGGAUAUCCCUCCGGCGGAUAUGCUUCCGCUCCUGUCUUUGCUCCUGCUCCAAUUCCAGCUCCAGCAUACCCAUCAGGCGGUGGCGGAUACGCCACAAGCGGCGGCUUUGGUGGAGCUCCAUCAGGCAUUGGAUACUCAUCGGGAGGUGGAUACGCAGGAUCAUCAGGCGGCGGUUUCGGUGGUGCCCCAUCAGGAGGCAGUUAUGCCAUCGGAAAGUAG